UUCCAGAAUAUUUAAGUGUAACGAAUUGGGGCUGUCUUUGAGGGAUGCUCCCUUUCCAAGAACAUAUCUGCAUCCCCUGUUCCCCAUCUCCUCCCAUUUUACAAAUAGUAUGAGUGGACAUGGACAAUCGUUCGUCACGUGACUUGUUUCAGUUCUUUUUCCGACAGUUUUAAGUUCAGUUGCGCUUUCUUUAUUAUUGGACUAGUGCAGUUUAGUUAAGUUGACGGAAUUAGUCACCUGUUUUUUAUAUUUCUUAUCAAAUAUUUCAAGCUGUCAAAUAAAUUGAAAAGCAGACCAGUAAUACUAUACAGAUAAUUAGAAGUGGAGAAAAAUGCUUUUUAAGAUGGUCUUGUCAAAACGAGGUUCGCGUAGAAUCAGUCGCAUGACCUACGAUGAAGACCAAAUCGAAGAACUAGAAAAAGAAUAUGCAAAAUCUCCAUAUUUAAAUAAUGCUAACAGAAAAAAGUUGUCCCAAAAAAUGGGCGUCGAUGAAAGAAGACUGAAAAUCUGGUUUCAGAAUCGAAGAAUGCGGGAAAAAACGAAAACACAGAGGAAUGAUAAAGACGUAAAAAUUGAAAGAAAACUGAGAUCAGCAAAAAAAGCAAAUCCAGUUGCAGAACCAGUCUCAGUGAAGUCAGCAUCACCAGUUUCAGAAUCCCUUCUGACGAAAUCCUCCUCUCCACCAUGUCGCAGUUGCCAAUCUCCAAAAUGGAUUCCUCAAGUCCCUCAUAUUUACGGCAAAAGCUGUUUUGAUGCACCAAGAUCAGAAUUUCCUCAUUGUCAUUCUUCUUGUGCUAUGAUAUCAAGACGCUAUCUGCCACCAUAUGCAGUCCGCAAACCUAUGCACCACAGAAACAGUGCCAUGCCAGAAUGUGUCAAAGAUGUGCACUCAAGCAAGGAUUUUGGAGAUGCUGCAUCGUGCCAGACAUCUACUUGCGUAGCACAUUCAUCGAUGAUUUCAUCUUCUAACACAUUUUUCAACAAUGGUUUGUGCAAUGACUGGGAAUCUUCACACAUUUUUCGAAAAGUGCCUGACGGCAUAGAUUGUUCAGUCACAAAAGAAAAUAACCAUGCCUGUUGUGCAAAUUGUAAUAAAUUGCAAGUAACAUCCUCUUCACCAGGUACUGAGCCACUGUCUGAAAACUCUCGAAAUAGAUCAUUUCAUCUGUUACCAAACCCAAAUGCAAUGUCUACGGAUCAAAGCUCUAAAGAAAACAUAAAUAACAUUUACAGAAAUAAUUAUGAGGAUUUGAAUGCGGACACUAAGCAUUGUAUCUUCAAUAGUGAAUCUUAUUUGUGUUAUGAUAAAAUUUAUUCCAGUAAGCUGCAUUCUCCUCAUUAUUCCAUAGAAAAUAUCUUAAGACCACCUUUACAAACUCUCGAGUAUAUGGUGGAGGAUGUUGAUAAUUAUCAGCGAGCAUUUUCUACAAGUAAAUGUUGUCGUUCAUCACAUCAAUUAUUGGACAUUAGUCACCAGUCAUCAAAUCAAUGGCACUGUCAAAGAUUGUCAGACACCGACCAUAAACAAUCAAUUCAAUUUGACAUGCCAUAUUCACAGUCAUUAUCAAGCACCAAACUUCAACCAAUAACCCAGUGGCAGAUUUCUUCUCCUGAGUCACUAGCUGAGUCAGCUCAUCACCAGUCAUAUCAAUGGCAAACUCCCUCACCUCAAUCAACAUCAGUCAAAAGUUAUCAACCAAUAAUUGAAAGUCAUAAUCCUUCAUUUAAAUCAGCCUCAUCACUAACAUCAGCAAGUACUCAUCAACCAUCAGUAGAAUGGCAUGGUUCUUCAUCUAAAUCACUAUCAUCACAAACAUUGUUCGACACCAACCUCCAACAAUCAAAUGAAUGGCACAUUCCAUCAUCACAAACAUCAUUAGUCGAUAGUUACCAAUUACCAGAUGAAAGGCCUAAUUGUUCAUCUAGAUCACUAAUCGCCAAUCCUCAGCCAUCAUUUCAAUGGCACAGACCAUCAACGCAUUCAUCUUUGCUCACAAGUCAUCGAUCCACAAUUAAACGACAAAGCUCAUCACAGCUAUCAACAUCUGUAGACAACCAGCAACGAUUGAGUCAAUGCCAUGAUUCACCUCCACAAUCGUCACUAGACAAUGGUUAUGAGUCAUCGAGUCAAUGGCACAGCUUAUCACCACAAUCAUCAGUCACCUGUCAUGAACCAUCGAGUCAAUGGCAUAAUUCAUCGUCACGAUCGUCAGCAGUCACCAGCCUUGAACAAGCAAGUCAAUGGUAUAGUUUAUCACCGCAAUCAUCAUCAGUCAGCAGUCACGAAAUACCAAGUCAGUCGCAUCAUUUGUCGCCACAAUCGUCCUCAGUUUUUAGCAAUGAGCCAUCGAGUGAAUGGCAAGGUUUAUCGCCACAAUCGUCAUCAGUCACCAGCCUUGAACCAUCUAGUCAAUGGCAUAGUUUAUCACCACAAUCAUCCAUGAUCUCCAGACAUGAACCAUCGAGUCAAUGGCAUAGCUUAUCCCCACGAUCAGCAUCAGUCAGCAGUCUUGAACAACCAAAUCAAUGGCACGGAUUAUUUUCACAAUCGUCAUCCAUCACCAGUAGUGAACAAUCGAGUGAAUGGCAAGGUUUAUCGCCACAAUCGUCAUCAGUCACCAGUAGUGAGAAAUUGAGUGAUUGGAAAGGUUUAUCGCCACAAUUGCCGUCACCCAACAGCAAACAAUCGCCAAGUUGUUCUUACUUAUCUAACUGUCAACCAGUAUUUCAAAAUUCUACUACUUUAGAUAUUCAAUCAGCAUAUCAAACACCAGAAGUAAAACCCACUUGUUCAUAUCAAUUUGAUACACAGGAAAUAUCUCAGAAUGAUUAUAGUACGUACUGGAGCUUAAGACAAUUGUAAACAAUACAGCUAGUAUAUUUUAAGAAAUUCGUAUUCAACUCCACUUUUCUCUUAAAAAAUGUUUAAUAAUUUUUAGAGUUGUUUUCUUGUAGACUUUUUU